AUGCUUUUAUCUCCUCUCUGUACCGGCCUUUGCACCAUCGCCUUGCUGAGCAGUCAGGUUGCGGCUCGGCCAGCUGCCGCCACGACUGGACUCAACAGUGAUGAGUCAUUGCCUUUGCGAGGGCCGUCUAUCGUCGAAGUUAGGAGCGCAUACAGGAACGUCUUCCCAGCUAAAGACUUCAAUCGAAAUGUGACAACAACAUGGUGGCAGACCGACGUACUCGACGGGGACGCAAGCCAAAAUGCUACAAGCCUGAAAAAGGCCCUUAAAGAUGCAUUGUUCAUUGUGCUCAACAAAGACAUGUACAAGUUGCUUGGCGUCAAAGACCAUACAGUUAAGAAAAAUGUCGAAACCAUCUUCGAAUUCCCGCCUGGCCCGUCUUUUGCAAAGCGCAUGGUGCAUGAUGGCACCGUUUACUCCCCAGAAUGCAAUUGCAUCUUCAUGGCAGAGCUACAUCCUCCCAAGACUGGCUUUUCUGCCGAUGCCAUGCCAUGGGUAUGGCGUGUGAACCUAAACAACACUCCACCAACGACUGAAAAAGUGUACCCCUCGCCUCAAUUGACCGUACCCAACGGGGCUUAUUAUCAUAAAGGCGGUAUUUACUGGGCACAAGAGGGCAACUACACUGUACCUGGCGGUAUUACCCGUAUGGAUCCAUUGACCCUGAAGACAGAGGUCGUUCUCAACAACUUUUAUGGGCACCGGUUCAACAGUCCAAAUGACGUGGUCAUCACUCGAGACGGCGUGGCAUACUUCACUGACGGGUACUACGGCUAUGACAACUUCAACGACACUCUCAAGCCAGAGUUAGCUAACGGCCUGUGGCGAUGGGACAUGAAUUCGAAUGAUCUGAGGAUGGUUUCUGGUGCUGGCGGGGGACCCUUCACGAAUCCUAACGGAGUAGCACUCAACUUUGAAGAGGACAAGCUGUAUGUCACCAACCGCGGUAACUCUUCGGAUAACCCUGCAGGCGGACGAACAAUCUACGAGUUCCAGUUGUCUCAGUCAAACGGAAUGCCGGUCAAGGGAGGUGAUGUCUUUGCAUAUGUUGAUGCUGGGUUUCCAGACGGUAUUAAACUAGAUCGUGAGGGUAGAGUGUACGGGGGAAUCACUGGGGGAGUGACUGUUUUCGACUUUACUGGGAAGCACCUUGGUAUUAUCAAAAUUGAGGAGGGCGACGUUGCGGUUAACAUGCAAUGGAAGGAUAAUUGGCUGUAUAUUGCUGGCCGAGACAAGAUCUACAGAGUAGAGCUUAGCGCCUACGGAGUUCAAGCCUAG